AUGAACUCAACGACGUCUUUCAAGUUGAAUCCACUCAACAAAAUCAUUGGGUUAUCCAUAGUCUUGUCUAUGGGAUUUCUUUUGGUUGUACUUGCUGGUAUAUACGGGAACUGGUUCCCCAUAAUAAUCGGGAUUGUCUUCGCAUUUGCGCAUAUACCAAUUAUUGUAUCAAAUGUGUUGUCUGAGGGAUACGGUGACUACGACUUUAACUUUGAUACCACCUCUUCCAAUUCACCCAAUGCAGCCAAGGAAGUUGGCUUAUUUCUUUCGGCGUUCUUACUUAUAAGUGCAUUAUCAUUGCCAGUACUUCUUCACCAUUCGCGCAUACUUACCACCACGGCAAUGGUGUUGACUAUUAUCGGCGGAGGACUCAUUUACGGGACUGUGUACACAUUUAGUCUGUUCUUCCGUGAUGAGGAGGAGGAGGAGCUUGAAGAUAUCGGUGGAGGAGUAAUCUAG